AUGGCCCACCUCACACAAAGCCCCGCAGACAAAGAACGGUUCAUCUGUCUGUACCCUGUUUACAUCAACAGUAAAAAGACUUUAGCUGAGGGACGGAGGAUUCCCUCAGAGAAGGCUGUAGAAAAUCCAUCAUGCUCUGAGAUCAGAGAUGUGCUCACGGCGGCUGGACUCAAUGUUUACGUUGAGAAUAAGAUGCAUCCUCGUGAGUGGAACAGAGAUGUGCAGUUUAGAGGCAGAGUCCGGGUACAACUCAAACAAGCCGAUGGAGAGCUGUGUAACGAAAAGUUUGACUCACGCAAGGAGGUGAUGUUCUAUGUGGCAGAGAUGAUCCCAAAGUUAAAGACCCGCACUCAGAAGAGCAGUGGAGCGGACAGCAGCUCGCAGCCUGGAGACGGAGGCAAGAAGAGCAAGAAGAAGAAGAAAUGA